AUGAAACUGUUGGUCACGAAUCUAUGCCUAGUCCAGGCCAUUCAAUGUCUAAAGACGGUCGAGGUCCCCUUCACCCGCAUGAACGACCCUAACAGCAAUUUCGUUGCAUCGAUGCAAAUCUCGAUUGGAUCUCCGCCACAACAAGUUAUGGCGAUCUUCGACACGGGAAGCAGUGAUCUCUGGGUUCCUCAGCUUAACAGCCGCCUGUGCAAAGAGCGCCUGGCAACAUGCACUGCCAGCAACAACAAGAACUAUAGCGUCUCAGGUGCAUUUGACAACGCAAAAUCGACUACCUUCAAUCCCAAUCGGUCUCCAUUCGAGGCUACGUACGCGAAUGGUGUUGAAGUUCAGGGAACCUUCAUGUCAGAAUCAGUCACUGUCGGGAACACAUCCGUCUCGAAUAACACAAUGGGAUUGGGUCAGACCGGCAAACUGACAUCGCCUCUAAUUGCUAUCCUGGGUGUUGGCCCCUCGAGCUCAGAGGCGUCCGUUCUCGCCAAUAAUGCCAAGCCAUACACAAACUUUCCGGAAAAUCUCAAGGCACAGGGGCUUACCAAGUCGUUGGCCUACAGUGUAUACUUGAAUGAUUUCAGGUCGCCUACUGGAAGCGUCGUGUUUGGCGGGAUGGACACUGCCAAGUUCACAGGUCAAAUGCAGAUGGUCCCUCUCAUUGGACAGAAGCUGUUCAAAUCGAAUGACUUUAUCGUGCCUUGGACUUCCUUCUCCUUCUCGGCAGACAAGAAUGCCAAACCAACUGUAAUUGGAGGAAACAACUUCCCGCCCGCCCUCAUUGAUACUGGCAACCCGUCCUUAUCCUUCCCACCAAAGAUCUUGGAUCAAAUCGGACCGGCUAUCAAGGUCCAAACACUACAGGAUGGAACGAACGCAUUAAAAUGCAGCAGCGGCGAUUUGGGUGCCAAGUUCAACUUCGAGUUCCAGACGGCCAAGGUCGAGGUCCCUCUGUCGAUGAUCUUUAUCCCCCUCAUGAAGAACGGGGCACCCGUAACCGACAAGAGCGGUAAUCCCCUGUGCACACUUCCGUUGGAGCCCAUUGACAGCAACGUAGCGUCUUUUGGUGCUCCUAUGCUCUCGGCGGUGUACACAGUAUUUGAUCUUGAGAAUAAACAGCUCGGGAUGGCACAGGCUAAACUCAACGAGUCUGUGACAAACAUCCAGGAAUUUGGGCCGGCCAGCUCAUCGAAGGGAACAGCCAAACGGUCACUAGCGCAAAGCGUGCGUUUCCGACAGAAGUGA